ACCGUGUGGAGCUUCAAUAGCACAGAGCAGCGUCUACAGCAAAGUACUCCUCCUCACAGACUACCGUAGUGUUGUAAGUGUGUGUGUUUACCGGACCGAACGACAGACAUGGCAGAAGUCGCACCAGCACCCGCCGCCGCCGCGCCGGCCAAGGCCCCCAAGAAGAAGGCAGCAGCCAAGCCCAAGAAAGCGGGACCCAGCGUAGGCGAGCUCAUCGUCAAGGCGGUGUCCGCCUCCAAGGAGAGGAGCGGCGUGUCCCUGGCCGCGCUCAAGAAGUCUCUGGCGGCAGGCGGCUACGACGUGGAGAAGAACAACUCCCGUGUCAAGAUCGCCGUCAAGAGCCUCGUCACCAAGGGCACCCUGGUCCAGACCAAGGGCACCGGUGCCUCCGGCUCCUUCAAGCUCAACAAGAAGGCCGUCGAGGCAAAGAAGCCCGCUAAGAAAGCCGCAGCCCCCAAAGCUAAGAAGGUGGCCGCCAAGAAGCCCGCCGCCGCCAAGAAGCCCAAGAAGGUAGCAGCCAAGAAGGCCGUGGCCGCAAAGAAGUCCCCCAAGAAGGCCAAGAAGCCCGCUACACCCAAAAAGGCCGCCAAGAGCCCAAAGAAGGUGAAGAAGCCCGCCGCAGCGAACCUAUUACAAACAGUGUUCUUUGUACUCGACACAUGUUGUUACCACAAAAGGCUCUUUUAA